AUGUCGUCAAACCGGCAACAGAGCGGAGCUAUGGAGCUACCUCUUUUAAGCUCGGAGGACAUGAAGAUGAAGAGACCCCAAGCAAGUAGGAUAUUAGCCAUCUUGAAAGCCGAGAGGUGGGAAGGUAUGAAUUUUGAAAGUAAUUGUCUUUAUUUUCAGUUACGUUUCGGCCCUCGUGAAAACACACUGAGAAGAUGGGAUCACGUGACUCAAGAGGCGUUUCCGUUUCAAGGACUUUUCCUUAAACACCUCGUUCUUAUCGGAAGUUUUGGUAAUGCCUUCUCUUUACGUUUCAGCUCUCGUGAAAAAACACUGAGAAGAUGGGAUUACAUGACUCAGAGGCAUAUCCGUUUCAAGAACUUUUCCUUUAACGCCUCGUUCUUAUCGGAAGUUCAGGGUUAA